ACAGAACCGAUUGCCGUCAGUCUUGUGAGGAUUGCCCAGGAGUCAACAGGUGCCAGACAACUUAGUUGGAUACCGUGUCCAAGUUAAACACGUACCCUAACGUCACGACUGAUUGUCCAGUCAAAGUGCCGGUGUUUUUUCAUUGAGGACGCAACGUGCCAUGAUUUUACAAUCUUUUUAAUAUUUUAUUUAUUUAUUUUAUUCAAGAUAACAAGAUGAAGCCCCAGAUGAUAAUUCUUAUCUUGGCGACGAGUUUCUUACUCGUGUUUGCUCAAGUGCCCAAGCCAAGUUACACCAGAACGAUGCUAAAAGUGUCAAGAAGUCUGCCAGGCCAAACGGAAGAGCUAAAAGUCCGUACUGCUGAGGGAAACGUUGCUACCUUGAUAGUAAAACGUCGGGAAAAAUCAGAAAGCUUGAAAAAUAAUUCAAGUCCAAUUAGUGAGUCUACUUCUUCUUCUUCUUCUUCUUCUUCUUCUUCGGUUCCAUCUUCUUCUUUCCUUUCUUCAAAUGAUUCAAAAGAAAUGAAUUCCGAAAAUGUUACUGAUGUAAAUGAGACGAAUAGUGAAGAGAAAGUUAGCAAGAACGAGCUAACGUAUGUGAAACCUGAGACCCAGACCUCCCAGAAUAGUGACAGGAAGAUGGAUUACGGAAGCUGGACCCCCUUGGAUGUCGAUGGAAAAGCUUUAAACUUACCAUCAACACCAGAAAGUUAUUUAAAUUGGAAACCUUUAUCAUCAAAUAUUAAACCGACAACGGAAGAACGUACGACAACCAACUACAGUAGUUUGAUUUUGGCGCGAAAUUUUAAAGAUAGAAAAGAAAAAUCCGAUGACACGGGUUUCACAUUCGUCGCUCAUACGCCUCAAGUAUCAACGCGUACAAACAUCGGUGCUAAUUUAUUAAAAAAUCGUGGAGGUAAAAAUGUACCGCCAGAAGUAACUGUUAGGUCAGCGAUAAAUGUCAAGUCUGUGGCACACAGAAUGCCUAUGACUCUAGAUGCUGACGGUACUCCAGUUAUUCACGGUAAACGUGUACCAGAUGAACCAAUUGAUAGAGUCCAGACUUGGAGAAAUGCACGAGUAAUUAACAAUAAAUUAGUCCUCGGUACUGUUGCUGCUAAUGUUGAUGCUGAAUCUACAACUAAGUCUUACCUUGAUAAUAAAGUUGAGAAACAAAGAUUUGAACGAUUUCUUCAAGAUGUUAAUCGCAGCACGAGCCAUCAACAGGCGUUAACCCCGGAACUCUGGAUUCGCAGGUACGGCCGCAACUACGACGACGACGAUUAUUAUCAACAGCGCAAUGUUUACUUAGAGUGGGACCCAACAAGUCACCGCAAUGCUGCCUUGAAGGCUGAGAUUUAUGAGGCAAGAAAUGACAACUACCGUUCAAAUAUCCAAAAACGUAUGUUGCAUCCAGACAAUAUUCAAAGUUACCCGAUUUCACAAAUGUAUGCGCCUGAGCAUCAAAAAAUAGCACCACUGGCACUUAAACCUGGUGCGCGUGCUCCAGUGCUCCAGUAUGCGCAUCCCGAGCUUGGAGUCCAACCGGCUAAAAUUUUAAAAACUGAAAAAAAACGUCCGGAUAAUUUUCCUGAUAACCAGAAUUCAUUUACUGAGCAGCGACAUAAAAAAAAAUAUGUAUUGAAUGAUAAAAAUAUCGUUGAUACAUACAACACUAAAAAUUAUUAUCCAAAUCAUCAGUUUUAUGGUUUGAAACAGCAUAUCGAGCCUCCGUUUUGGAUAAAAAUAUCAGAAAAAUUAAAAAAUCAAUUUUCCACUGGGGUCGAAAGAGUUUCGCAGUUGACUAAACCGGUAAUUGCUCCUUUGGUUGAAGCGACACAUAAAAUAUCACAGAAUUUAGGACUCUCAAGAGGUAAUAAUAAUAAUGAAGCACAAGAAAAGGUCGGUACUGUUGCUUCAGGCUCGUCAAUUCUAAUUCCCGCGCUUGGUCUUGUUGCCUCUGGUGCGGCACUGGGAAUCGGUGCCGUGGCUGUAGGUCGUUAUCUUGAUGUUGAUAUGCUGAGACGUUCCAAUGAAGACGGACAAACAUUUGAUGAAUACCAGAGAACGUUUAGUGUCGAUAACACCGAAGAUGUUCCGAAUAUUUACUAUCCCGAUAAUACAAAAGUUACCGAGGACUCUUUAGAUCAGGUCAACUCCCGGGAACGCGACGGAGGUUUUUUGAUUGAUGAGCAAUCAAGUGACAAAGACUCUUCAAGUAAAAAUAGAGAGAAGAGAUCCAUUGAGCCAUUGAUCAGUGAUGGUAUGAAUGGGAAACUAGUGGAUGCUAUUAAUCAGAGAUUAAGAAGAACUGGCCCAGAUUCAAUGAUGGAUAUUGUAGAAAUAGACGUACCUGUAGGAGAUAACAAUUAUCAUCUUUUGAAAUCUAGUGAGGACGUAUUCAAUGAAUUAAAUGCUAAAGAUAAAUCAAGACGUAAGCGCAGUGUCGGCGAUGAAGAAUCGGAUAAUGUGUUGCAGACACUUGAUAAUACUGACAAAGUCGGUAUGCAAGUUCACGGUGACUGGUCAUAUACACCUUGUGCAAAAAAAAUGUUUUGCGAUGCGAUGCUUCAGAGAGGACAUGACUCUUCUUUGUUCAUGGAGAAGAAAAUUGAAUCAUUGUUUGGCAAGCUACAGCCUGGAGCAGCACAGCAGGUGUCCGAUCAUUUCCAGGAGGUCAUGGAGGCCGUGAGGAGGCAUGACUGUUCGAGAUUCUCGUGCCCUACGGCGCAACCUGAAAAUAUUUAUUAGCCAUCGAUAAUUUAACGAAAUUAUAUUUUUUAAAUAAAUAAAUAAAUAUUUUAUUUAGGGAUUUAUUUAUGUGAGAUCUAGUUUUUUUAAUUAUUUACUUAAUAUUGACAAUAAUUGACGGCAUGUAUGAGGCUGUCGUAUGAAAAAUAUGUACAUUUAUUUUUCAUACGAUUUUAUACAACUUAUAUAGAUGUUUAUUUAAUGCGAGACUGUAAAAAAUAUAUGAAAAUGUCGAAUUCUCUAUUUAAUUAUUAUUUUAAAU